AUGGCAGGGCACUUGGGUCGAGAACUGGGGCGUUCGUACCCCUUCCCUGUCCAAGGCCUCCAUCUUAACAACCUUCCUGCCGUCCCUCAUCAUGAAACUGCUGGGGGCUUCUUGCCUGAAGCCUUCAAUGGGGCGACUCCUGGACAGGGCUAUAGUUUUAAACCUGACUAUGGGCCACAGGGAGGGAUAAUGGAGUCCCUCCCUGGUGGAGGAGAUGUUCCUAGAGUGUGGUACCCGUUUCCCACUGGUGGGGAUGCCUGGGGUCACCAUCCGGGGGUGGUGAUGGGGCCUUAUGGGGUCACUCAGGCUGACGAGGCCUGCCCAGGGCCAAAGCCUGACAUCAAGGUAGAACCUGACUGUGACCAACCAGGGCCCUACUACGGGCACCCUUGGGCGGGAGGCUGUCUUGUGCCUCCCACCUUAGCCCGUACAGCACCUGGCAACAGCCAAGAGGCUCUGUCACCUGCCUAUGAUCUCCAGCCUCCCAGCAGCCCUGUGAGCCAGCAUGAGGAGGUAGGCAGUGCUGACAGCAGCCCUCGAAGUGAUGGCAGCAGAAGUCCGGAGGAGCCCAUGGCCCCUGGAGAAGUCAAAGAAGAAGCAGGCAGUGGAGAUGAGGAGAUUCCCACCUCAGAAGAACUGGAACAGUUUGCCAAGGAACUGAAACACAAAAGAAUCACUUUGGGCUUCACUCAGGCAGAUGUGGGACUUGCCCUGGGAGUGCUGUACGGGAAGAUGUUCAGCCAGACUACCAUCUGCCGCUUUGAGGCCCUGCAGCUCAGCUUCAAGAACAUGUGCAAACUGAAGCCGCUUCUUCAGCGCUGGUUGCACGAGGCAGACAGCAAUGAAAACUUACAGCAGUUAUGCUCCUCGGAGUCGGCCAUGAUCCAGGCUCGGAAACGCAAACGUACCAGCAUUGAGACCACCGUGCGGGGCUCGCUUGAGACUUACUUUCUGCGCUGCCCCAAGCCGAACUUGCAGGAGAUCUCACAGAUUGCUGAUGACCUCCACUUGGAGAAGGAUGUCGUCCGGGUUUGGUUCUGCAAUCGCCGCCAGAAGGGCAAGCGCAACUUAGGAGCUGGCUCUCGGGAUGAAUUUGACGGUCCUGCUCUGCAGCCGCCUUUCCCUCAUGGCCCACUUCAAGCUCAGCCCCCUGGGCUCAGCCCCACCCACCACCAGCUAGCCCCUCCUCCCCAUCCCCAGGGCUAUAACACAGCUGCCUUCGCUGCCCUUUACCUCCCACAGUUCCAUGAAGGAGACCCCUUUGUCCCCCCCACAUCUGGCACCCCCGUUAUGGGCCACCCAAUGCAUUCAAGCUGA